AUGACCAGUGCAGCCCCUGCUAAGAAGCCCUACCGUAAGGCACCACCCGAGCAUCGUGAGCUGCGGCUGGAAAGUCCUGGCUCCCGGCUCGAGCAGGAGGAGCCGCUUACUGACGCGGAGAGGAUGAAGCUUUUGCAGCAGGAAAACGAGGAGCUCCGCCGGCGCCUGGCCUCGGCCACCAGGCGCACUGAGGCUCUGGAGCGUGAGCUGGAGAUCGGGCAGGACUGCCUGGAGCUGGAGUUGGGCCAGAGCCGGGAGGAGCUGGACAAGUUUAAGGACAAGUUCCGCAGGCUGCAGAACAGCUACACGGCUUCCCAGAGGACCAACCAGGAGCUGGAGGACAAGCUGCACACGCUGGCCUCUCUUAGCCACAGCUGGAUUUUUGCAAUUAAGAAGGCUGAGAUGGACAGGAAGACGCUGGACUGGGAGAUUGUGGAGCUGACCAACAAGCUGCUGGAUGCCAGGAACACCAUCAACAAGCUGGAGGAGCUCAAUGAGCGGUACCGGCUGGACUGCAACCUGGCCGUGCAGCUGCUCAAGUGCAACAAGUCCCACUUCCGUAACCACAAGUUUGCUGAUCUGCCCUAUGAGCUGCAGGACAUGGUUCGAAAACACCUGCACAGUGGUCAGGAGGCCGCCAGCCCGGGGCCUGCCCCCGGCUUGGCCCCUGGGGCUGUGGUGCCCACCUCGGUCAUUGCCCGUGUGCUGGAGAAGCCAGAAUCUCUCCUGCUCAAUUCAGCCCAGUCAGGCAGCGCUGGGCACCCCUUGGCUGAGGACGUCUUCGUGCAUGUGGAUAUGAGUGGGGGUGACCCGGGUGACUCAGCUAGCCCCCCAGCCCCGAGCAGCCCCAGCCCCCAACCCAAUGGGGAGUGCCAUUCCCUGGGCACUGUAGGGGGCUCCCCGGAGGAGGAGCUGCCCCUGCCGGCCUUUGAGAAGCUGAGCCCCUACCCAGCCCCAUCCCCGCCACACCCACUGUAUUCUGGCCGCAGGGUGAUUGAGUUCUCUGAGGAUAAGGUGCGGAUCCCCCGCAACAGCCCCCUGCCCAACUGCACGUAUGCCACCCGCCAGGCCAUCUCCCUGAGCCUGGUGGAGGAGGGCAGUGAGCGGGCCCGCCCCAGCCCGGCGCCUAGCAGCCCUGCCUCGGCCCAGGCCUCCCCCCAGCACCAGCCCCGCCCCGCCCCGCCGGCGCUCAGUGCCCCGGCCAGCUCUGCCAGCUCCGAGGAGGACCUGCUGGCCAGCUGGCAGCGGGCGUUUGUGGACCGCGCUCCGCCCCCGGCCGCUGUGGCCCAGCGCACAGCCUUCGGCCGGGAUGCACUCCCUGAGCUGCAGCGCCACUUUGCCCUUGGGCCCGCUGGUGGAGAUGAGGAGGUGCAGGCACCAUCGUCCCCACCUGGUGAAAGCGGGCUGCUGCUGCCGCUCGAAGCUGACCCUGGCUUUCCCAGCGGGGAGGAUGAGGAAGAGCUGAAUCUGCCCAUCAGCCCGGAGGAGGAGCGCCAGAGCCUGCUGCCCAGUGAUGCUGGCACGGAGGAGGGGCCCGGCAUGCCUCGCGCUGAGGGCAGGGUGUGGGCACUGCCCAGCUCCAGCCGCCCCCAGCGAAGCCCCAAGAGGAUGGGGGUGCACCACCUGCACCGCAAGGACAGCCUGACGCAGGCCCAGGAGCAGGGCACCCUGCUGCACUAG